UUCGUCCUGAGAACCCAGAAGUCUGGGCCCCCAGCCCCUCCCCCUUCGAGGAUUCAGGAACCCACCCCCUUAAUCCCCAGUUGUGGAGAAUCAUGCAGUUCUACCCUCAGCUCCUCUCCUCUGAGGACACAGGAAUCCGGACCUCCAGGCCCUUCCUCCUUCGAGGAUAGAGGAAUUCACCUCCAACCCCUCUCUUCUGAGAACCCAGGAAUCCAGACCUCCCAGCCCCCUCCUCCUUCGAGGAUCCAGGAAUCCAGCCCCCCUCUUUGUGGAUGCAGAAAUCAAAGAGCCCAGGAUUCCAGCCUCCUCCUCCCUCGAGGAUCCAGGACCCCAGACCUCCAGACUCACAGCCCGUCUUCGAGAGCACUCAGAGGAGCCCAGGCCUCCAGCCUCCCCCUCUUUCGGAGCUCCGGACCCUUCUCCGGCCUAAACCCCGGAAAGCGGGCCCCCAGCCGGGUCUUCUCGGGUCCCCUCCCCAGCCCCGCUCCGGCCGCACGCACCCCGCGCGGGUCACAUCCACCCCCGCAAAGCCACAGGCGGUUACGCCACCCCCGAGCUCAGCCGCGCUCCCGGCGCCGCCCCGCACCCGUCAGUCUGCCGAUCUGCAGCCACCCCACCUCGUCUCCGGGCCCCACUCCCGGGCCCACCUGGGCGCGCGCCGGUCAGGAGGCGACCGAGCAGUCCUGACCCGCGGUCCACCCCGGGUCCAGCCACGCCUCCCCGACCAGAACGCCCCCGGCUCUCUCGGGGCCGGCCGGGCUGCGCGGUCCGUGGCCGGGCGCGGGGCCGCUUGCCGGGCUCCGGGUCGAGCGGUAACACAGCCAGGACCGGCGCCGGGAGCACGAGUCCGCCGCCGCACCAGGAACCGGGAUCUGCGAGCCGCGAGCACGUAA